GUUUGGUUUCGUGCCUCCCGGUGGGAUCGGUGACCCGCGCGGCUCGCGUUGAAGCGUCCAUGCUGAUGUUACCAGCCGAAACCUCACGACAAACAGGAAUCAGAAGAGGUGGUGCAGUUACAGGAAGGUGGGAGGCUCGUUUCGCCCAGUGCCAGAACAAGUGAAACAAAUAAAAGUUAUUCUUCUCUGAAAGUUAAAAAAGAAAAAAAAAAUGUGUUGCAAAUUUGGGGGUUUGCUCCUUUUCGGGCAGACACAUUACAUGAGCUGAGACUUGAUCUCAAACCGGUGUGAAACCUGUAAAGAUUCUGCUUUUGAGCCCAGUGUGCACAGACACGCACCCGCUCACACACCUUGUUUUCUCACGGCUCUGCCCGGGCUCAGCCCCGGCGGACUUGAAACAUGCCGUGCCCCCCCCCCCUGUGUGUGUGUGUGUGUGUUGCAGGCGAGGCGGUGGGGACGGAGGAGCAGACCGCCGUGACCAUCACCAGCGUCCCGCAGGCCGCGUUCGCCGACCACAAUGUGCAGUACCAGUUCCGCACAGAGAACAGCGGAGGACAGGUGACCUAUCGCGUUGUUCAGGUGACGGACGACCAGCUGGAAGCAACGGCUGACGGGACCGGAGCCGUGAGCGUCGUCUCCACCGCAGCCUUUGCUGGCGCCCCUCAGGCUGUGGCACAGGCCGUCAUCCAGAACCCCUUCAGCAACGGGGGCAGUCCUGGCGGGGAGACCGUGGGUGGAGAGACCCGUUUCGCCUAUUUCCCCGCCGCCACCGUCAGCGAUGGGACGGCCACGGCCGUGUCGGUGCAGGCCACCGCCGACCCAACGAUCACACAGGCAGGAGGUCAGUUUUACGUGAUGAUGAGCCCCCCCGAGGUGCUGCAGACGACGACCCCUCGCACCAUCGCACCGCGCACACACACCUACACUGCAGACCUUGGUGAAAGCGAGAUGUUGCAGCAUGGCAGUACAAACUGGAAGGUGGACGGUCCGCGGGCACCCAGAGAUGAGAGGCGAAGAGCACAGCACAACGAAGUGGAGAGAAGACGAAGAGACAAGAUUAACAACUGGAUUGUCACGCUGUCAAAAAUCAUCCCUGACUGCAGCGUAGACAGCAGAACUGGGGCGAGUAAAGGAAGCAUCCUGUACAAAGCUUGUGACUACAUCCGAGAGCUGCGCCAGAGUAACCAGCAACUGCAGGAGAGCUGCAAAGAGGUGGAGCGAGUCAAGAUGGACAACGAGCUACUUAGACAACAGAUUGAGGAGCUGAAGAAUGAUAACGCACUGCUUCGAGCACAGCUACAGCAGCACGGCGUGGAAGUCAACGGAGAUGCAACACCGCAGUGAUUGUGGACUGGACACGUGCGACGAC